AUGGCACAGCCGCAGCCCGCCGAGAGCCCCGCGCCCCGCACCGGCACGUGGGUGAGCGCCACGCUGCCCCGCCGCUUCCUGCAGCUCCCCUGCUUCCGCGGCUACGGGCAGCCGGAGCCGCACCCGCUGUACCGGACGAGCAACCAGGAGUACGGCCGCAGAGCACCCACGGCGUACGAAGUGCCGAUCUCCUACCACGUCACCUCGCACGCCUUCUCAGACGCUCUGGCCCAGCGUGGCAUGUACAGGAACGACGGGCUCAACACCUCGCUGGAGAAGAGCCGUGUCACCGGCCCCGCCAACUUCAUCACCCCCUACGACACCCUCAACUUUCACCCCAGCUACAAAGUCAGUGGGCCCUCGCACUGUUAGAGCAAUGAAACCACUUCAGUUCAUCGCUGGCUGCUUAGUUCGAAAAAUAACUCCCUCCUCCCCUAAAAAGUCAGGCAAACGGCAGCACCGACCCUACCCCAAACCUGCUGCUCAGCCCCACUGUGAAGCACCACGCACUGCAGGUGCAGUUACAGCCCUGCCUGCUGCCACCAGGCUGCAGGUGACCUUUCCUGAAAGCAGUGGGUUGUCACAGGCUGUGAGCAGGGAACUCAGUGUGUAGGCAAGCUGUAGCCUUGAGGGUGUCCUGAACUUACAGAACUGUUUCCGAGCUGUUGUCUUAAUAAAGAAACGCAUGCAGGAAUCCACAGUACUGAAGUGAUCCUGAAAAUUAUUUCUGAGAGGAAGGAAAUGGCACAGAUUGUCAAAAAGAGCUCACAUGGCACAACGAAUAGCAGCAGGAUAACACAAGUUCAUGCAGUUAAACAGUUAAGUUGGAAUUUAAUGAAAACUCCUCCUGAACUCACUAAAGAAUCUUUCAGCUUGCUACACAGUGUGACAAAAUAGCUACGUUGACAGGUUAAAGGUAGCAAUACAUUUCUAGAAACACCCCCCCAGCUUCAAACUCUAGGAUGUAUUUUUUUAACAGGACUCCCAACCAGUCGAGGCCUCAUUUGGCUUUGGAGGAAGAACAGAUUGCUCUGUUUAGUUAAAAUCACUGAACAUCCAAUGUUCAAAACUGAACAGCGUGCCAUCAGGGCUGCGUUUUGUGGUGAGUUUUUGUUUUAAAACAUUUUAAACACUCAAAGCCCAGUGUAUGCUCCUGGGCCAGACACAACUUCGAGCAAGCCUAACAAACACUUCAAGCCCUGCACUGCAAUUCAUUUCGUUAUCCCAAAGGCAAAAACAGCCAGCUGAAUUCAUCCUUCCAAAAACACACCAACACAUUUGAGCAAGUAAAUACUGGGCACAGAAAUGAGCCUGGGAAGUUAACCUUUUAAAUAUUCAACACAUUAAAAUAGAUAAGCAACCUCCUCUCACUCGCUGCUGUUCCUCUGUUAGACUCUAGAUAAUGCUUGAGUUUUUCUUCUCUUUCUUCUCCUGAAAUGAGAAGUAACAUUAAGGGCAGAAUUAAUGCAAACACUUGUGGCAGUUUUACAAAUACUUCUAUCCACAGAUUUUUCUGCAGGUUGAAUAAUUCAGGGAUGGAGCUCUUAGAAAUAUAAACUUCGUGGGUUUUGUCACCUGUUUUCCAUCUCUCUCCAUACUUGAUCUAAAACCACCCAGGUCCUUUCCUCCGUGCCUUAAUUAUUCCCCUUUUUGUUUAAUUCCUGAGCUGAAACCAGUUUGUUUGAACAGUUUUGCACACUGUGUGACUUGCAUCACCCUCACAUAACUUGCAUCCUAUAGUAUGUUGGGGUCAUGUUGCCUCAUGCCCUCCACUCAGGUUGGCUGAGAAGGGAGCGACGUGUGAGCUCUGGCUGCAGCCAGCCCCAAGCAUAGACAUUAAUAAAGGAAAUGGUGGCAGAGAUGGAGUGUUUCUUCCUUUGAUACAAAGCAGUCACAAGUUGAAACAGACUCCUAAAAUACCAGCAAAGAACUGCCUAUAAAAAAUGAAGGCAGUCCUGGGCCCCCGAGGAUCCCUGAAGAUCGCCUUUCCUGAAGCACAGAGUUGCUGUCAUAAAAAUAAAGCAAUG